UAAUGUCGACCACACUCGUUGAGGAAGCUGAGAACCAACUCAUCUGCCCGGAGGCCUUCUGGGCUGCUGAUAGUCUAGGUGGGCGAUCGUUUUUUGAAGAAAUGCAGCAUCGUUGCCCACUGGCAGCGUUUGUCUUGCUCAUGCCAUAGCAAAGUCUUCCUCAAGCGCAGCUCAACUCCUGGCCCCCAGGUGGACGUGUCCAGGUAGCUUUCUCUGUAGCAGGACGCAAGCGGUCUUCCUCCGUUAUCUUCUUUCAACUUCCCAGUCUAUCCUCCAGCCCUGGGGUUUCCUGGUGGUGUCUCAUCCAAGUAUCAUCCAGUCUCAGGCCAGCCGGUGCUGGCACGUGCUGUGGCUGCUCUGCCCGGGCCCUCGGCUACACUCCUCCUUUCAGAGGAGAACUUCGCUCCGCUCCUUUGCGAUCCCACCCCUCAUCCAGCCCCGGAGCCCGUGAGAGGGGCAGCCAUUUGGAGGCAGAGACGGGCGAGGUGGGGGUUGUGGUGGCAGCUUCCCCCACCUCUCCUGACCCCACUGAGCAGCGACCCCAGGCGGCCUGCUCCGGCCAACCUGCUGCCUGGGGGUGGCCCCUGCCUGCCCUCCUCCAGGCAAUUAAUUGGCCAGCCACGUGGCACGGGGAAGCGGCGCCCCGUUAUCUCGCUCAGGCAGCCAAAGAUCUGGGCCAGCCGCUUUCUUUCUGUUUCUGGAGUUUGCCCUUCCUUGGUCUGCCCCCGCCAUUACCUUGCUCUCAGGGCCACCUUCUCCCCCACGGGCCUUUCGCUUCUGGAGGUCAAAUGGAGAACCCCCACAGGCAGCACCCUCAGGUUCCUCUGCCUCCCGAGCCCAUCCUCCUUCUGGGACGCUGGCUAAUUUUUAACAGCUGGCCGGCUGGCCGGCCAGACCUCCUCCCCAUCCCCUCCUCUCCGGCUCUCUCUGGGGAUGCUCCGGCCAGAGCAGAGGUCUUGGAGAGGCCCUCGUGUGAGUCCCCCCGGGAUGGGCUCCCAGCUGCUGUGGGGCUUGGCGGCUGCCUGCGCUCUUGUGGCUGUCGCUGAGCUGCCGGGUGGAGCAGAGGGCACGGAGGCUCCCGGGCAGACACAGGGCGACCUCAGCGAGGGGGACACGGGAGCUCUCCGGACCACCCGGACCACUCAGCACCAGAAGAAGCCGUGGAGGCCUUACCGGGCUGGCAGCCUUUCGGCUCUUAGCAGGGGGCUGGUGAAGACCACGGGCACUUCCCGGGAGGAGGGAGAAGGAAGCGCCCACCGCCAGGCGAGAGGGGCCGGUGCCAGGAGAGCCCCCCGUCUAGGGCACAGCGGGGCUGCGCUGCCCAACCACAUGGCAAGCAGAGAGAUUAAAUGUGUCACAAAGCGUGGAAAGCGAUUGGUGGAUUCCUCUGGCUUUGUUUCCCCUCCGGCCAAGUGUCACCCGCAGGCAGGGUUCUUUUCUGGGACGAGGUCCGGCCGCCGCCAUGAAGCCGAUGUUCCCCACGGCCGCUGCCAAGGCUGCGGCAAGACGGCCUAUACAGCUGGUUUCUUCCUUGGGAAGAAAGGAGAGGGGACCAGGGUCUCCAGACUGUGAGGGGACCUGCGUCUCCCACUUCGUGCCAGCUGCUGGAGCCAAGAGGUCUGUGCAGCAGAUCCUCUCCCUGGAUUGGAUCUCUCUCUGAAGACCCGGUUUUGCCACCAAGCCUGGGCCCUGGUACUGCGGGUGGAUCCGUUUCUUGGACGUCUCCUAUGUUGCUCGGCUGCUAUUUUUUGUGAUGCGUGGUUUCGUUUCCUGCUUUGCUGUUUUAAUUGUCAGCCACCAGAGUCAUGCGCUUGAGAUGGUUGGCCGUAUAAAUGUAAUGAACGAACGAAUAUUUCCCGCUGUAAGAGCAUAAGAACAUGAGCCGUGCCCCGGCCCACCCAGUCCAGCCGUCGGUUCUCCCAGUGAUCAACCCACUGCCCAGAGAAGCCCGCUGGUCUCCCAGCAGAAGGCUUUAGAGGCCGUCCUGCUGCCCCCAAGGCUGAGAGCCACGGAUCCCCAGGUCUUCCAUGAAUGGGCCCCACCCUGUUCUGAAGCCAGCCAAGCUGGUAGCCACUGUCUCCUGCCUUGGCUUGGUCCUCCCCUCGCCCCCAGUCCCCCCUCUGCCACCAAAAGCAGCCUUGCUCUUCCGGGUCACUCAUGGGAACGUCUGGGUAAAGACCACAAGCGGGCCCCUUUCCGGGGGGAGAGAGCAGGGAGGGUCUUUGAGCAAAGCCAGGGGCAGCGGUCAUUCCAAGGGUGGUAAAGCGGAGAGGGGAGAUACCCCUAUCUUCUCAUCCAUCGAAGGGGGAGCUACCGUCCGCUUUCCCUUAAGCUGUCAGAGGAGAGAAAUUCAGGCGUUACAUUAUGUCCGCUCCCGUGGACAGGUUUAUAUGACUGCCAUCCCUUCUUGGAAGGGAGGGGACAAUUCUCUAUUUUUACACAGUACAUACCCUGUGGGCAGGGGGGUGGGGGUUCAAUUACACUGACCACCGGGGGGCAGUGCGGGACCGGCUUCGUCCUAUCUGGGCGUCGUCAGGCGCAGGUGGGCAAGUGGCCGCCUUUAGCCUUCCCCACAUCCUUGGGGCCAAAGAGCAGCUCAGAACCAUGGGAACAGUUACCCCAAAGCAGACAACGGUGCAGCUGAGUGACCCUAACCCGAAAAAGGCAUCAGGAGGGCCCGGCUGGAGUUACCUUCCGUUGGUGAUUCUUCGGCUUCUCUCUCUAACAGUCGCUGGAAUCUUUCCUGCUGCGGAGUUGAGAGGAAGAGACGGAGGGAAUCAGGCGAUGCUGCUGCUGCUGCUGCUGCUGCUGCUGCUGCUGCUGCUGCUGCUGCAAGAUCACUGUGGGCACGGGGUCCAUGCGCCCGCUUGGCCAAGUCCGAUCUCCGGGAACCAGCCGCCCUCCGCAGCGCACAGCGCCACCCGAGAUUCCCUCCGGGGCAGAAGCAUCCCGUUAAAGGCUUCAUCCUCAUGUUCUCAGGGCUGUCUGCAGGGUGGGGUCAAAAGUCAAGAUGGUGGCCACCACAGUGCAGUCAAAGCUCUGGACACUUCUUAUGUGCAUCGCCGCCAUCUUGACUUUUUUGACCAUGCCCUGCAGAACCCCUAUCCAUUCUCAAGGUGUGCUUCAAGACAUUUUAAAACAAAAAAGUGUUUCUCUUAAACUUUUACAGGUUGUAUCUGGCCACCUCUUAAAGUGGUGAGCUUUUGAUUUUGCUGUUAAAUAAAAAGCGUCAGUCCGCA